AUGCUCCAAAAGGCGAAGAUCACUUUGGCCACUGGCGAUUCAUUUAUAGAUGGCGAGGAUCGUUUGCGCUUUGUUGGAAAGUUCAUUCCAGUUGGAGAAGCACACCAAUUUGUCAGGCAUCCAAGUGGCGAUACUCCCCGCGCGAGUAAGAGUUACGCGGCUUCGUCAGGGACGUGGACUCGCGGGAAGACAAUUUUCCAAGUAAACUUAAUGACGGCGGACAACUCAGAUACACCGCUCAGGAACUCGAACCUCGAGCAACAUCACACGGAAUGGAGACGCGUCCAGGUUUCCGGUGUUGGGACUGUUGUUAAAAUUAAGAGCAAGCCUUCCUGGCCAGACACGAGUGUCAUUCUGGCGGAUAUUACCGUGGAGCAUACAGGCGAGGUUACCCAGGUGACCGUUUCAUCAGAGGAUCUGCUGGAUAAUGAUUCUGAUGGGACGUCCAGCUUGCUGAAUGUUGACUUUUGA